CACUCGGCGCUCCUCCAGGUGCUCUGGCGGGAUCCGAGGAGCCGAGGGCUCGGAAAUCUUCAUGCUAGCCUGACGACCCGGAGCGGAGGGCCGGAGAGCGCGGACCCGGAUGGAACAGGCCGUCGGCAGCCCCGGGGCGGAGGGAACGCCGACCCAGCACAAGAGACAUGUGUGUGAUGGUGCUGGAGCUGACGGUGGCUGCAUAGCAGGUGCUGGCUGUGCUGAAGAGGCCACGACCCCGGCCGUGGUGGCAUCAGGACCCCUCCGGGAAGCCCUGCGGGCCUUGCUGCCUCCGCAGGCGGAGCUGCGGCUGGAGCUGGGCGAGGCGGUGGACUGCAGUGUGAGGAUGCUGGUGGAGCAGGCCACCGAGCUGCUGGGCGGCGGCCGGUGGGACGAGUGCCUGCAGAGCAGCGAGGUGCUGCUGGACUACGCAUGGGAGCGGCUCAACACCGGGCCGUGGCGGGACGUGGACAAGGCCUGGCGGCGCGUCUACGCCUUCGGCUGCGCGCUCAAAGCCCUGUGUCUGUGCGAGGGCCCGGGUGAGGCCGCAGCCACCGCCGCACUGCGAGCCUGCGACAUGGGCCUGCUGAUGGGCGCUGCCAUCUUUGGUGAUGUCCUCGUUAAAAUGGCCGCCAUCCUGCAAGCACACGUUCUGUCUGUGAAGAAGAGGCCUGCCCAGGGCUUCGGCCAGGAGCAGCCCGGAGCCAAGAGAGCGAGGAGUGAGCCGGUACCCGCUCCAAAGGUGCCAUCGGACAGUGCGGUGCCCCGGCUGCACUGCCCAUCCCUGCAGCACUUCCAGGAGCACUUCCUGCUGCCUGGGCGGCCUGUGAUCUUGGAGGGUGUGGUGGACCACUGGCCCUGCAUGAAGAAGUGGAGCUUGGAGUACAUCCAGGAGGUUGCCGGCUGCCGCACAGUCCCUGUGGAGGUGGGAUCCAGGUACACAGAUGAGGAGUGGUCCCAAAGGCUCAUGACAGUCAACGACUUCAUCAGCAAGCACAUUGUGAAUAAGGCCAAGGACGUCGGCUACCUUGCUCAGCACCAGCUGUUUGACCAGAUCCCGGAGCUAAAGCAGGACAUUGGCAUCCCCGACUACUGCUGCCUGGGCCGAGGGGAGGAGGAGGAGAUCACCAUCAACGCCUGGUUUGGGCCGCAGGGCACCGUCUCGCCGCUGCACCAGGAUCCACAGCAGAACUUCCUUGUGCAGGUGCUGGGCAGGAAGUACAUCCAGCUGUACCCCCCACAGGAGUCGGAAGCCCUGUACCCCCACGAGACGCACCUUCUACACAACACCAGCCAGGUGGACGUGGAGCACCCGGACCUGGAGAAGUUCCCCAGGUUUGCCGAGGCCCAGUCCCUGGCCUGCGUCUUGGAGCCGGGCGACAUGCUGUUCAUCCCCGUGAGACACUGGCACUACGUGCGCGCGCUGGACCUCAGCUUCUCCGUCAGCUUCUGGUGGACGUAGCCCGGGGAAAGCCGUCCCAGUGGGCUCACUCAGGGAAUGAGGCCCCGUCGCCCAUGCCCACCGGCUGCCCUAGGGUUCCGACCUGGGCACUGGACAGGCACCUAGCAGAACUGGGCGGGGCAAGGCAGGUGUACCCAGGAGACAUCACGCCCCUCCGUUGUCUGGGAAUCACAUGAGAAGGGGCUUCACAGCGCGGGGCUGGCAAGCCAGGGCUGGUCCUGCCCUCCUGGGAGGUCUCGGGGCUGCAGCAGAGCGUGUCCUAGCCUCUCUGACACACACCUCCCGAUUGUGGGAAGGCGGGGGUGGCCCUGGUCACCGGGAAGGUCACUGGCCUGGUCAGGAGCUCAGAGCGCCACCUCCCGGGAGGGGUCCCGCCCUCGGGUGUCCUGUAAAAGGAGCUUUCCUCCGUGUUUCACCAUUAAAACAUCCU